GUCCAUUCACCAAGCUGCCUCACGCUACAGAAACAGGAUUUGUAGGCUCCUGCCCUAUGAUCCGUUCCGGCUCGCACACGGCUACUUACUUGCUGUAGUCAGUGACUAUUUGCAUAUAAAUCAUAUGCUCCUUUCUCGAUUAGCUACACUGGUCUGCAACUAACUUCCACAACAUAUUUUUUGUUGUUUCACUAUUGCGGAAGCAAGGCAAAUCCCAGAACUAUACGCCUACCCGUGGAAUGAAAAGUCUCGUAUCAACGCUAGAAGGAAAUACCCGACCGAGGACCGGGUAGCAAGCCAUGGCUACUGCGCAGGACUCCAUCUACAUGAAAUCCGCUGACCUUAUCAAAAAGGAGCCUCUGGACUACGGUGGAUUCGGUACAGUGUAUCUGUGCUAUCACAAAACCCUCGGCCAGGUGGUUCUGAAGACCAUCUACACCGGGCCACCGCGUAAUGAGGGCAGUAAGCAGUCCCUGCUAGAGGAGGGCAGCCUGAUGAGCAGACUGAACCAUGAACGGGUGGUCAAGCUGCUGGGGGUGAUCCUGGAGGAUGGGGACUACUCUCUGGUCAUGGAGCUCCUCCCUAAAGGCAACCUGCUGGCCAUGCUGAACCGGGUACCAGUGCUGAUAUCCAUCAAGGGCAGGAUCAUACUGGAGAUUCUGGAGGGGAUGGUGUACCUGAUGAAGAACCGUGUCAUACACAAAGAUCUCAAACCAGAAAACAUACUGGUGGACAAGGAUUUUCACAUCAAGAUUGCAGACCUGGGCCUGGCCACCUGUCAGACGUGGAGCAGGCUGACUAAGGAGGAGUCUCGCAGGCAGAGCCGGCUGGCGCGUCCUGGGGCUGGGGGAGUGGGGGGCAGGGCAGCCGGUACUCUGUGCUACAUGGCUCCUGAGCACCUGGACAGCAUCCACACACGCUCCUCUGAGAAGUCUGACGUCUAUAGCUUCGCUAUUGUCGUAUGGGUCAUCCUCACUGGCAGUGAGCCAUAUGAAAAUGCUCGGAGUGAGGACCAUAUCUGCCAGUGUGUCCGUAAAGGUGAUCGUCCUGAUGAAGACCUCAUCUCUGCUGAUACUCCUGUAGAGAUCACAGAGCUAAUGAAGAGAUGCUGGCAUAAGGAUCCACAACUACGACCAACAUUCCAAGAGGGCUACAACACCUUCCUGCCCGUCUACAGGGAGAAGUUAGAGCCAGAUGUAGAGAGGGACUCACUUGGUCUCAGAGACUUGUACGAGGGGCCAGAGGAGCUGGUGGAGAAGAUGAAAUCUUUAUCCAUGUCCCCUGAGAGCCUUAAAGCAGACCGGCUGGCUCCCUUACUGAGCUCAGACAGUGCUGGGGCUGUUCGUAUAGAGGCUGGUCCAGUGGAGUCCUGCAUCGAGGACCUGAACCUCUUCCUCCCCUGUGAGCACUCCCUUAUCCAGCCAGAUGUCCGGGCCCUCAGCCCCACCUCGGGCAUGGAGCUCAAAAUGGUCAACGAACUCUCAGCCCUGGAAGUCAAACUAGCCCAGCAGUUGGAAUAUCACAAAUACGCCAGCUACAGCCAGAUGGACCAGCUUGACUUCAGCCCCUACCAUAAUCCUCACCCUUCCACCCCACAGCGCCUCAGCUCACAGGACCCCACCGCCAACAGAGGGCUCCCCAAAACCCAGGCCGUCCAGCCCAGCAGCGUGGAGGUGAACCCCCACCGCCGUCUUUCUAGCCUAGGAGUGUACAAGGCCGCGGACCCCUCAGGGGCCACAACACCCAGGUGCCAGCUUUCCAGCCACAUGCCUGAGUCCUCCAGCAGCCCCUCUCUAAGCCAGGGCAAGUACUCCCCCCAGCAGCAGUAUCCCAACGCCCAGUACUACCGCCUCCAGUCCUGGCCAGCCUACCCAGUGCCAGAGUCAACUGCCCCAGACCUCACUGCAGGGCUGCGCCUGAACUCGUGUGCCAUGGUUAGACCUCCACAGGACCCAGGAGGCCUGUUCAUCCAGAAUGCCAGAGGGAUCCAGAUAGGGAGCAACAACAUACUCAGCAUCAGGGACCACAAGUCUUACAGCAGGUCAGCCAGCUCUCUCUCCAAUGGGGCAAACUCACACUCUGUACUCAAAGAGACCCUGCAGAUGAACGAGGACCAGGCAGUGACUGAAGAGCACCUUGAUCUCCUGAGAGAAAACAUCGGGAAGGAAUGGAAGCGCUGUGCCCGUCGUCUGGGCCUGAGCGAGGUGGAGGUGGACACCAUCGACCAGGACUACCAUCGUGACGGAUUGCCUGAGAAGGUGCACCAGAUGCUGGAGCGCUGGAGGAUGAAGGAGGGCUAUGUGGGCUGCACAGUGGGCCAGCUCUGCAGAGCACUGGAGAACUGUGUCAAAGUAGACCUGGUAAAGAAGCUUCUUCAUGCCUGCAGGACCAAUACUUUUCCAUAGGUACACUGGCAAUGGUGGGCUGUGGAAGCAGAGUGCUUGUGGCGAAUGAUCUUGUUCCGUCUGCAGUGUACGAAGAAUUGCUGAUACUGCACGUCUCCUGGAAAGACAUGGUUGUGGUUUUAACAUUUGACACUUUUGUGGAAGGGACGUAGGGAAACACACCAUUGUUGGUAUCAGUGUCAACCGAUUGGGACCUACAGUAAGUGUUUAGAGACAGACUAGUGUAUUGUUUAGGGACAAUGAAUGGAAAGAUCAGUCAACAUCUGGGGGGGCUGCAGAAGUUGCCUUAGAAGGGCAGUUUUUACACAUUAUGUAUUGUUGUGUAUGGGAGAUUGGGGAGAAAUUGCACCAUUCAAUCCGUCUCAUAUACAACUUUACAUUUAUUGUCUCUAAGCGCAACCCCCUUCCUCAUCUCAAAAACCUAUUUGUAAUCCUCCCCCAGCCCAAUUACUUUGACAGAUCAUUCUUGUCAAAUUUUGUAGACAUGUCUUUGCAUUGUGUUUUGAGAAUCUGCAGAGAGAAGAAUGAAAUGAUUGUGUCAUUACUAUUGUCUUGAUUUAAUACCUUUCAGUGUCCCUUGCUUGUUUUUGUCCCACAAUCUUGUUGCACUCCAUAAGUGCAAGGUGUGUCCCCUCCCUCAUGCCGACGCUUUGGGGUAUUUUUCAGCAGGGCCUGUGGAAGGACUCCAAGUAACCGGAGUUUUACAAAGAGAAAAAGGUAAGAAGAGAACAGGGGUAGUACACUAAAUUGAUCACUUGGACUGGAAGGUACUCUGUGGUCCUCAGGCUAACCACCUGUAACCCCAUAACACAAACAAUACCCAAUUCAUGUUUAUGCCAUGUUUACUAUAAAUGGAGCUAUUUUAGCUGUCAGCUUGUAAAUAUUUUUGCCACCUUCCUUCACCUUGUGCAGAGCUUGGGGUUGGAAUCACAUUACGUACCACCUACAACAACAAUAAUACACAAUUUAACCACCCCACCAGUUGUAUUGAUCUCUAUUAGACUGGCGUGCUUACCAUACCUAACAUGGACAUCGCAAUAUUGUCAACAUGCUGUUAGCUAGUUAGCAUCACUAAAUUGGCAGGAUUGCUAGCCAGCUGAGAACCAACCAUAAACAAUUUAUACACAUUCAUCAUUACUACUAACACACCGAUAGUGAGUUAGUUAUAUCGGCAAUUCUAUUUGGCUACCAGAUUGAGUUAGUCUUAUUUGCUAACGUUUGCUAUCUUACGUUAGCCAACAUUAGUCAGAGAUAGAACGAACAGACAAAUAUGUUUACUCUGCUGAAGGUAGCUACAAGUCUAGCAGUGACUACCAGGACUGUAAAGUUAGCUAACGUAGCUAAUUUACCUAGUCCAGCUAACAUUAUGUAUAAUCAUUGUAAAUUAUAUCAUAAAUGGGACUGGUGGAGUUGUCACACAUGCAGACAACAAAAAUAUAUGGAAAUGUCUGCUCCACUCAAAAUUACAAGCAACUAAUUGCAGCAUCACCGUAAAAAUGGAAGAGGCAAUUGUGAGGGGGAGAAAGUAAGGAACUUGUCUGUCCGCCCUGCAUUAAAAGACCAAAAUUGGUUAAAGAAAAUUGUGAUUAAAAAAAAAUGUAUAACAGUUUCAUUUGAGGACCUAAUGUUUUUUUUACUGUAUUUUACUGUGUAUAGAUUGAAAAUAGUUGGGAAGAGAUUUUCACUGUACCGAUUCUAUGGCACAUGUUUUAUGAACUGAUACACAAAACAAUGCUGGAUUCAAAACAGAGUUUUUCAAUUUAAAUUAUCUUACA